CUCACGGCCAGCGGGAAGGAGCGUGCACUCGACAUCCUCCUCCAUCACCGCUCUAGCUAGCUACUAGUAGCACCUACUCCCGCCCCCAAAGUAAUCCCCCAUCAUGGCUGGCACCGCGACUGUCUUGACCCAGUCGACCUCCUGGUGGUCCACCUUCAUCACGAGCAUCAUCGUCAGGCUCUUUGCCCGUGGUCGGAAAGGCAUGCUGUCAACGGGUGCCUUUCCUCACGAUGCAACCCAGGCCAUCCCCAAAAGUCUUUCCGACAAGUUCGGCGUAGAGGUCACACGCUACGACUUUGGCUCGCACCCGCCCAGCAUCGCCACCCACCUCACGGAGUGGACACCCCUCCAUCUCAGACGCUCUCGCAUCCCGACCUCGGAGACCAAACGCACCGUCUUCUAUCUCCACGGAGGUGCCUACCAGAAUGCUCUCACUCCCGUCCACUGGAACUUUGUCGCGCGCCUCGCCAACGACCUCAACGCCGAUAUCGUCGUGCAGACGUACACCAUGAUCCCCUACGGCGGCGUCCACGACGUGAUCCCCAACCUCGUCGAGGUGUUCCGCGCCGUCCACGCCCAAGCAAAGACCCACGGCCACGAGGUCAUCGUCGCAGGCGACAGCGCCGGCGGCGGUCUCUCCGUCGCCCUCACAUUAGCCCUGCACCAAGCCACCGCCCCGCUCCCGGACCAACUCGUGCUCAUCGCCCCCUGGCUGGACCUGACCGCAUCGCACCCGGACAUCGAAAGGUACGCGAAACUCGACCCCUGGCUCAAACUCGAGACCGCCCACCGCCUCGGGCCCUACUGGGCCACGGGCCCGCUCCCGAUGGACCAGUUCCUGCUGGAAUCAAACUCGCCGCCCAAGGCGCGCACGGACGCACAUCUGGAAGCCAUGCAACACCCGCUGGCGUCCCCGCUCUUUGCGCCCGAUUUCGCGUUCCUUGCGAAAGCGGGCACUCGGGUCACGCUGAUCACGGGCACCCACGACAUGCUCUACCUGGAUUCAGAAACCUUUGUCGAUAGAUUGAAGAAGGCGGGAGUCGAGUUUACGUUCAUCAGGGGACCGCGCUGUGUGCAUGUUUACCCGAUCCUGGUCGGGGCCCCGCUGCCGAGCCUGUUGUUCAGAGAGUCCGAGGGGGGGUUAAGGUUGCUGCUCGAUUCAGUGAGGCGGUACACCCGUACUUGAGUGAAAUGCAGCGACCGUAGUAUCUGAACUAUCAGGCGCUUCCCAGCACAAACUCGGCGUGAACGUACUGUACAGGAAUCAGGAUUUCGUGUCGCGGACUUUUUUUUUUGUAAAUAGCUUGAAUUAGGAUAGGACGCGUAGGCAAGGGAAGAGCGUAUGUAGAGAUGUCAUCGGGUUUGGCAGCGCACUCCCAUAGCAUAUAGUAGGUUGACCA